UCUCUUUUUUUUUCGUAUUUGUUCAUAUUUAUAUUUUUAUUGUAACUAGAUCAUUUCUUAGAAACAAACUAGAUAAUCAUUUCUAACACAAAAUGCACUGUCCUUUAUGACCUAUGGAUUUUAUUGUGGCAGCUUUGUGAUCUUAUUUUGCAUAGAUCUUUGUGUUGCAAACUAGUUACUAUAUUCCCUUUUAACCAUCCAUGUUGCAUUAGAAGCACAUGUAAUGAACUAAAGAUCCCAGGAAGCAUUGAACUUCCUAUUGCUUCUGUCAGACAUUUUUUUUGUAGACUGCUGGAAGUCAUACUUCCAUGUGUGUGUGUUUCCUUAUAUCUGACUAAUUGGUUCCUGUUUGCACAGUAACUACUUUAUAAAAAAACUAAAGGGCAGCAAGUAGGAUUUGAGGGAAAAUCAAAAUAUGAAAAGUGAAAUAUUUAUUAUCGUGAAUUAGCAGGUUUGGGUGGGAAGAUAUAUUUUCUAAAUAUAUUGACGAAUUCCUUAACUUACAAUAUUCCAGUCACCUUCUAAAAUUAGGUUUUCUUCCGUCCAUUUGGGAUGCACAGAUGGGUUGUGUGUGUCCAUUUGUUAUGCAUGCACGCCUAGGUUAGUAAUAUUUUCCAUUAAUUAUUACAUUUGAAGGAAUUCUAAGAGUUACCUGACUCAGCUUCAAUGACUUCUAGGGCCUUCCAUGUGCAAAAUGAUUAUUGCAUUUAUUCUUUUGGAAGCUACGACUGGUUGAGGUGUUGCUGUGGGCCCAGUAAGUGGUUUGUUCAAGUGUAGCUCAACCCUUGCUGGACCUAAGUACUUGUACUGAUCUCGAGUGCUUGUUUUUGAGCAAUGGUCGCCGAACUCAUGGCAUGCAUGGCAAAAAAUACAAGGCUUUCUUACUGCAAAGUUGUGGAAGCAAUCGCUGAAACAACUGCACCUUUAACUCCCAUAGAAGAGCUUCUUGCCAAGAUGCCUUCAAAAAGGGAGCUACCUCCUGAACCUCCCAUUCCUGCUCCUAAACCUGAGGAUGUUGCUCAAUCAGAAGCUUCAAAGCCAAGGCCACUUUCCCCUUACUCUAUGUAUGAUGAUUUGAAGCCACCAACAUCCCCCACUCCAACACCAAGCAGUUCUCUUGAUCUUCAAGAGAAGGAACAAAGCAAAAAUUCACACCUCAAAAAAACACCAACCUCUUUCUCCUUACACUGUGUAAGCAAACAAUGCUCUUUUUAG